AGACAUCAGACCCCAAGCAUCAGAUAAUCGACGUACAUCGGGAAGCUGCUGUUCGUUGCUCUUCAACACAUCUUUCAAAUUCAAACCAUGCUCGAUUCCUCUGCAUCUCUGUUCGUUGCUUGCCUAUCCUUCCUGAUCCUUGUUGCAACAUUUGAAUAUGCCUGCCAGGCAGACACCGUAAUUGUGCGACACAGCCGUCAGUUGCACGUGCUUAUAUUGUGAAGCAAUGCAUAAGAAGAAGCGCGCUACGCGACUUCUGAUCCCACUUACUGCUUUAUACGAACCUGAUGAGUUACGCUACUGGUACUGCUUUGUAUGCCGAUACUGGCACUCAGACAUCCAAGUACUUCAAUGUGGGAACGUUUGCUAUUUUAGUUUUUGACUACUGUAUUACUCUGGAGGCAGAGUCGCAGUGGGUAUGGCACCGAAAAUGGACGUUCGUACGAUUUAUAUUCACCGUAUCGCGAUACCUGCCAUUUUUUGGCAUCGGCAUGACAUUCACGGCUGCGCUUCGGACACAAUACUAUCCCGGUGAAAGUUGUGUUAAAUUUGGACAAGCGUCCAACGUGUUGCACAUCAUCUGCAUUAUAGCCUCAGAAGGAUUGCUAAUAACGAGGAUUUACGCUUCCUGGGCAAGUAAGCGUCUACUAACAUUCCUACUAGUCUUUCCCGUGGUUUGUUUCGUCAUCUCUUAUAUCAUCUCAGACACUCCCCUAGGAGUCUUCAAUUCUUCGAACACGACCCCAAUUAACCUACCGAAUCCGGGCGGCUGUCUUUUUGCGGGCGGGAGAAACAAUGUCUUCGAGUACGCUGCUUUGUUACUCUAUGAACUGGUCCUCCUGUGCUUGAUGUUGUUCAUCAAAUCCAGAAGGUACAAAAAUAUCGUCGGAUUGCUCCCAGAAACCUUUUUCAAUGAUUCAGUGAGAUAUAUGAUUUGCAUUAUGAUCAUGUCUUCGUUCAGUAUCAUCCUCACUAUGAGUCCUCCGAUUACAUGGGUUUCUAUCACAGACUCUCCACAGAUUGUCAUCCACAGUAUCCUCGCCUCUCGUAUCCUUUUCAACCUACGAGAAUGUGAAGGACGUCUACAAAAUCAUACAACGCUGGCGGAAGUAUCCGAGAUGCAAUUUGAAGGUCAGCUCUCGAUGUCGAGAGUCGAGGUUUGAUGAACGUUGCAUUAUGUGUGUAGUGCAGGGCUGGAACUGCAUGAAUAUCUCAUGUCGUAUAUUAAUUGACUUUCGAACUGUGAUGCUUAUUUAUCUGCUCGGGACAUCACUUCUGGUACAUGUUAGUCAGACCUCAAACAGU